AUGGCGGAAAGGCAACAAGAGGGGACGGCGGAGGCCGGUUCCGGCCCGUCCGCGGUCCUGGAAAGCUAUCGUGCUCUGGUGCAAGGGACGUCACAGGUCUCGGUUAUGCCGAAGCAUCGGGUGCAAAUAUUUCUUUCCUCAACUUUCAAGGACUUCAAAACCGAACGAGACUAUCUCAUUGCCAAUGUCCUGCCCAGCCUGCAGGCGCAGGCAAAUCAUCUGGGCAUCGAUUUUGGAUUCUCUACGCUCCGUCCACUCCCCAACCUGAUCUUGCACACUGACUUUAUGAUUCUGCAAGAACAUCUUGUACCCUUCUUACGCCCUCUUUUGAGCACAAUCUAUCGGAUUGACGAGAAUGCCAUUCCCUCGACACACUGCCUCAGCGUUGAGCAACUUAACGCGCUGCCGGUCGACAAGGUCCAAAUGCUCAUUGAUGCCAUGCAUUUGGUGGCGACGGACACCGGUCGGCUCAUUUCUGACAAACUGCGUUCUCAACUGACUUCCGUCACAAGUAUGGAAAUCGAGGCAGCCUACGCCUUGGGUGCCAAGUCCCACCGCGACAUGCUGGUUCUGCAUCGCGCCAUCUCUGAACUGGAUGCUCGCAGCAAAUCUCAGCCCCUCGUCAAAGCUCUGGUCGAUUAUGCAGAUUUUGCAUCGCACGAUUCUACCAGACUCAAACACAUGAUUGGAGACCUUCGUGCACGCGACGGCAUUCAGUAUCGGGAAUGGACCUUAUCGGCCAGCGAUUUGCUUGAUCCGGGCUCGGCUAUUCGGAGCACGUACCUGACAGAGCUGGCUCUUGCUGUGGAGAAGUUUUGCUCGACUGCCAUCGACGCCACUCACAGUCAGCACAUUGCUUGGAAAAGUUCUUUGAGCUCAAUGCAGCUACAGCUUGCCACGGAGAUCGAUGUCCACCUGAAACACGCCGCGCAUGCCACAAAUCACAUUCUUAAGCAGCGCAAUGCGCCUGUCUGGAACUACCUUGCUCGAGAUGCGAGCCAAGGCCUGUCGCCUUUCUUUCUGCAGGGCCAGGGUGCUUCUGGCAAAACAACACUUUUGGCACAGGUGGUGCAGCACCUACGCCAAGACUCCAGCCGCGCCUUGUUGGCUCGCUUCUGUGGACUCUCGACGCGUGCCCAACAUGCCGAGCUCAUCUUCAACGAUUUGGCUUUUCAAGCUGAGCAACUCUUCGAUCCUGAAGGCGCUGGUGACCCAGCCACUUUCACAACAGAACGCUUUAAAGCAGCCCUGCAGCGCGCAAAUUCAGCCAUGCCUGUGGUCGUUGUCAUCGAUGCUCUGGACCAACUCGUUGAUCUUUCCCUCGAAUUUUUGCUUCACUCCUAUGACACCGUCAUCGUCCCCGAACACCCAACAACUCUCCAGCGACUAGAGGCAACUCUGCACGAGAGCUGCGAAGCGAUGGGUUCAAUUUUGACCUCAACCGACAUUGGCAUGUUCAGUGUGCAUACCUGGAUCCAUCCCUUUGUUGAGCAGGCUGUUGAGAAGUUCUUGGCAACCAUGGAUGUACAACCCAUCAUUGCAGUUGCCAUCCGCUAUUUCGGCGCAAGUCUGCUUGAUGUUGAUGUGAGCCUGCAUCGUGCUCGACGCGUUCCCAUUUUGCAUCCCUACAACAUCUCGAGCAGCUCCUUUGAGCCCAACCCGCGCGUCAUCUUCCAGUUGCACCACCUGCUUACAAAGGCGGGACGCUUCGAGGAGCUCUUGAAACACUGUCUACUCAACGUCGCCUGGGUGGAGGCUAGCUGUCAAGUAGAAGGUCCAAUCCAACUCAUGGCCUUACUUUGUCAAUGGCAAACUUUAGCCGAUCACACGGAUGUGGUCCAAGCUGUGAGCUGUUUGUACAACAUACUGCGCAUUCUCGGCACGGAGCUCGAGGGUCGUCAAACGUCCUUUGCUACUCAAUUGCUCCUUCAUGCCAGUGAUCGGGAGGAAUACAAGGAGGCCACUUCAGAGCAGGUGCAAGUCUACGUGCGCGAAGCUCGCGGUCUGCUUGAGCGCGGCCCUAGCUUGCUGCCAUCCAGACCAGUGUUGGCACACUUUGGAGGGGGUCUCGUGCAGGUCUUGACUGGCCAUCUGGAGCGCGUUACCUCCGUCGCCUUCUUGAGCGAAACCAGAUUGUUGUCUGCCUCGAGCGAUCGGACUGUGGUCAUAUGGGCCCUCGAGCGCAACGAGCCUAUUGCUCGCUUGGACGGCUUCAAUUCCACCGUUUCCAAUGUCUUUGUUUCCCCUGAUAAAGAUAAACUCCUUUGCACGGGCGCCACCAUUUCGCUGUGGAAUUUGAGCACCUUGACACAAAUGCAUAUUUGGAAACAAAAUCAACGAGCCGAGGAUACGCAUGUUAUUAUUUUGGCCCACAAUUUCCACGGCUAUUCGGUUCUUGGUUACCCAAGCAUGCGUUGCUUUGAAGUUCCCAACGCAUACAACUGUGACAGCGAAACAAGCUUCGCACCCUAUGAUAGCAAACACAUCAUUCUUUGUGAUCAUCAACGUACCCUCCGCCUCGUGGACUGGCGUACCGGUGACUGCUUGAAGGAGCUACGCCCACACGACGGCACGGUAUUGUUCAUGUUACACGAUCAGACUCAUCAACGACUGCUGACCACUUCCUCAGACAAGUCUUGCAAGAUGAUCAAUACCGCAGCAUUCACCAUUGAGGGCGUGUUCGAAGGCCACAGUGAUUGGGUCAAUCAUGUGGCAAUCUCUCCAGAGAAUCAGCGUGCCAACCAGACUCCCGCCACCGCUCGUCGUCAUGGUCGUGAGGUGACGAGCUUGAGCUCGACCACCGAGCUUAUUCUCUCAUCUUCGCGCGACAAAACCGCUAAGCUCUGGACUGCAGAUGGCCAGCUGCGCGAAACCUUUGAAGGAUUCUCUUACUGGGUCACAGCCUGCAUUUUUGCCUCGGAUACCCUACUUGUGGCCGUGAGCGAAGCCCGUGAGCUGAAGCUGUGGGAAGCCGUUGCGGAAUCCGACGGCUGGGCGGUGCAUGCCACAAUGACCGUUGAACACAAGGUCAAUGCUCUUGCCUGUAUUGGCCAGAAACGGCGCUUUCUUUGCCUCGGUGAGGUAACCGGUCGAAUCCAGGUUUUGCAACUCGAUGAUUUCUCUCCGACAGCAAGAGUGGAGCUUGAGGACGGUCCAGUUGUUGCCAUGAUUGGUCAAAAGCAUGUCUUAGCCGCCGUUAGCAAAGGCGGACAAUGCCUGUUGCUGCUGCUGGAUGAGCAACUGGGCUUGCUUUCCAAGAUUCGUGCUAUCCGUGUGCCUGCUGGACAAUCGUCAUUCGUCCUCGACUUGGUUCGCUCAAGGCUGCAAGUUCAACCGCCAACGGAGAUAUUGUUGCACUCUCGGGCUGGCAGCACCGCCUCCACGUUACUUGCCGGUCUCUUUGACGGGAGUAUUGCUCACUUUGAUCAACGCGCCAGUGCGGCAGCCGAGGUGCUGGCAGCAGCACCAACGGCACAAGAAGUCGUGGUUCAUGCCGGUCGAUCUCGGACCUUGUCCGAGCUCUACCGCCCCGAAGUCGCAGACAGGCUUGACAAACUGCGGAAAAACCGGGCGGAUGCUGUUGGAGCUUACUUUUGGAAACAGGGGGAAAAGGGUGUUUUGGCUGGACGAAAGAAGCGUUACUUCAUUCGGAAAGGAUCAAUUAUGGAGUAUUACAAAUGCCGAGACGGAAAGCCAACCAUUUACAAAGGUUACAUUGACUUGGGCACGAUAUUGACCUGCCGCGUUGAGGGGGAUUGCUUGCUUUUGGUUGGCGACAAGCGUGAAUGGAAUUUAAAGGAAGACGCGCCAGGCGCUGCAAAGAAAUGGCUAGAUGCCCUUGAUAAAGAAGGCAUUGUGCGCUCCCUUACAACUUGA